AUGGCACUCGCAAACAUUAACUGGCUUCUCCUACGUUACCUGCUCCAAUCUCGCUCCUUUCCACCUUCCCAGAUUGCUCUCUACAUUCUCACCUUGCUCCCCUCACUGCUCGCGUAUCGCUAUCUUAUCACUUCAGGAACACCACGCUUUGACCCUUCGGGCGCGCUCCUCAGUCCGGGGGAGGACUUGGCGGCACCGGGAAUGACAGAGUGGGCUUGGGAUCUGGUGUUUGUGACUUGGGGAUGCGAGGUUGGCAGUGGUGCACUGGGGGGAUGGGUCUGGUAUUUCUAUUUGCUCAUCCCAGCUUAUGCCCUAUACAAACUCGCUACCUUCUUCCUCCCCUCCUUGCGGCAGUCUGUUCAAGCAUUUUCCGCAAUUGCGGGCCAAGCUGGGGCUGGAGCGGAGGCGCAGGAAGCCCCUGGAGGAGAAAGUAAGAGGCAACAGAAGUUGAGGAAGAGGAUGGAGAGGGGUGAUCCGAGGGUUAAGCAGAUGGAGAGGAAGAGACCUGCGUAGUGUCGUACUACAUAGUUGGCUUCCAAUAAAUACGUACUCAUG